AUGACAAACCAAUAAGGACCCUUCUCUACCCCUGCUUUUAUCAUAAAACUUUAUGAUAUGCUUGAUGAAUAAGUAUUCAUUGUGAUUAUCUAUAAAAGAGUGCUCCUUAAUUUUAAACAAUAAUUAAAUGGAGUAACGAUGGUGAAUACUUUAUUGUAUUGAACCCUAAAGAGAUGGAAACUCAAAUCUUACAAUAAUAUUUCAAACACAAUCAUUACUAAUCUUUUUUAAGACAAUUAAAUAUGUAUGAGUUCUAAAAGGCAAGGAAUUCAGAAAAUCAUGAAAUAUUUACCCAUCCUAAUUUUAAAAAAGGCAACAAGUAUAUAAUUAUUACAUUUACAUAGAAAGUAAUUAUCUCAAAUUAAAAGAAACCCAAUUAAAUAAAAAGUUUUACUUAAGAAAGAAAAGAAAAAUGUAAAAGCUGAAUCAACAGAAGCUGAAUUUGAAUAAUAAAUGUAAUAAGAAUUGACAUUCUUAAAGGAAAGAUAAUUUUAAUUUGAAAAUGAUUUCAAAGCCAUAAGUGAAUAAAACUAAAUUAUUAUGGAAUAACAUAAUUCAAUAUGGUCUUAGUUAAGCCUAUCUAGAUAAUCAUUAGAUGCAAAAAUUGAUAGGCUUAGCUAUUUGUUGAGUUUCUUUUUAAAACAAUAAGAUACAAGCAUCAAAGAUAAUAAUUUAUAAGAACUAUUUAAAACUAAUGUCAAGACAGAACUGGAACUUCCAUAAUCUUAAACUUAAUAAAUGGAAUCAUUAUCCCCAAUCUUAAGAAUGAUGUAGUCAUAACUUAAUUAUUCAUUGAAAAAAAAUUUAUCAACAUUUAGCCCUAAUUAAUGUAUGAUAAUUAAUCUAUUAUUUUUAGUAAAUUCUCCACUACCAAUUAGAAGUCAAUAAGAAAAUUAGGAUAGCUAAUAUUCAAACUUAAGCCCACUUUAUUAAAAGUCUUUUUAAGAAUACAUGUGAGUAGACUUUUUAAAACAAGGC